AGCCAUUUCAGGGGCCGGAGUCGCGUUUUCUUGUCGGGCGCUGAGACGCAGCGGGAGAGGACGGGCCACUCCCGUCCCUCGCCACUCCCCUGCCGCCGGGCUCUGGGAUGGUGUGGCGACCCAAGAUGGAGUAUGAGUGGAAACCCGACGAGCAGGGGCUCCAGCAGAUCCUGCAGCUGCUCAAGGAGUCGCAGUCCCCGGACACUACCACGCAGAGAGCUGUGCAACAAAAACUGGAACAACUGAAUCAGUAUCCAGAUUUUAACAACUACCUGAUAUUUGUUCUUACGAAAUUGAAGUCUGAAGAUGAACCCACACGGUCCCUGAGUGGUCUCAUCUUGAAGAAUAACGUGAAAGCGCAUUUUCACAACUUUCCAAAUGGAGUAACAGACUUCAUCAAGAGUGAAUGUCUAAACAACAUUGGUGACUCCUCCCCAUUAAUUAGAGCAACUGUAGGCAUUCUGAUUACGACCAUUGCCUCUAAGGGGGAAUUGCAAAAUUGGCCUGAACUCUUACCAAAGCUUUGCAGCCUCUUGGAUUCUGAAGACUACAAUACCUGUGAGGGUGCCUUUGGAGCUCUUCAGAAGAUAUGUGAAGAUUCUGCUGAAAUCUUAGAUAGUGAUGUAUUAGACCGACCCCUCAAUAUCAUGAUCCCUAAAUUUUUACAGUUCUUCAAACACAGCAGUCCAAAAAUAAGGUCCCAUGCUGUUGCAUGCGUCAAUCAGUUUAUCAUCAGUAGAACUCAAGCUCUUAUGUUACACAUUGAUUCUUUUAUUGAGAAUCUCUUCGCGUUGGCUGGAGAUGAGGAGCCUGAAGUACGCAAAAAUGUGUGUCGGGCUUUGGUAAUGCUGCUGGAAGUUCGAAUGGAUCGCCUGCUUCCUCAUAUGAUCAGUAUAGUUGAGUACAUGCUUCAGAGGACCCAGGACCAAGAUGAAAAUGUGGCUUUGGAGGCGUGUGAGUUCUGGCUGACUUUGGCUGAGCAGCCAAUUUGUAAAGAUGUGCUAUGUCGGCAUCUUACUAAGUUGAUACCUGUGUUAGUAAAUGGUAUGAAGUACUCAGAAAUAGAUAUUAUUCUGCUGAAGGGGGAUGUUGAAGAAGAUGAAGCUAUUCCAGAUAGUGAACAGGAUAUAAGGCCUCGUUUUCAUCGUUCACGGACAGUGGCUCAGCAGCAUGAGGAAGAUGGUAUUGAAGAAGAUGACGACGACGAUGAUGAGCUUGAUGAUGAUGAUACUAUUUCUGACUGGAAUUUAAGGAAGUGUUCUGCUGCUGCACUAGAUGUCCUUGCCAAUGUAUUUCGUGAUGAACUUCUGCCACACAUUUUGCCCCUUUUGAAAGAACUGCUGUUUCAUCCAGAAUGGGUGGUCAAAGAAUCGGGUAUCCUGGUUCUAGGAGCAAUUGCUGAAGGUUGCAUGCAGGGUAUGAUUCCAUAUCUUCCUGAACUAAUCCCUCACCUUAUUCAGUGCCUCUCUGAUAAAAAGGCUCUUGUGCGCUCCAUUACAUGCUGGACUCUUAGCCGCUAUGCACACUGGGUAGUUAGUCAACCCCCAGACACGUACUUGAAGCCAUUAAUGACAGAGUUGCUAAAACGUAUCCUUGAUAGCAACAAGAGAGUACAAGAAGCUGCCUGCAGUGCCUUUGCUACUCUAGAAGAGGAGGCUUGUACAGAGCUUGUUCCUUACCUUGCAUAUAUACUUGACACUCUGGUCUUCGCAUUUAGUAAAUACCAGCAUAAGAAUCUUCUCAUCCUUUAUGAUGCCAUAGGAACUUUAGCAGAUUCUGUAGGACAUCAUCUAAACAAACCAGAAUAUAUUCAGAUGCUAAUGCCUCCACUAAUCCAGAAAUGGAACAUGUUGAAGGAUGAGGAUAAAGAUCUCUUCCCUUUAUUAGAGUGCCUGUCUUCGGUUGCCACUGCCUUGCAAUCUGGCUUCCUUCCAUACUGUGAACCCGUGUAUCAGCGUUGUGUAAACCUGGUACAGAAGACUCUUGCACAAGCCAUGUUGCACAAUGCUCAGCCAGACCAAUACGAGGCACCAGAUAAAGACUUCAUGAUUGUGGCUCUUGAUUUACUCAGUGGCUUAGCUGAAGGACUUGGAGGCAACAUUGAACAGCUAGUGGCUCGCAGUAAUAUCUUGACACUAAUGUACCAAUGCAUGCAGGAUAAAAUGCCUGAGGUACGACAGAGUUCUUUUGCCUUGUUAGGUGACCUGACAAAGGCAUGCUUUCAGCAUGUUAAGCCUUGCAUAGCUGAUUUCAUGCCGAUUUUGGGAACGAACCUAAAUCCUGAGUUCAUUUCUGUGUGCAACAAUGCUACAUGGGCAAUUGGUGAAAUCUCCAUUCAAAUGGGUAUAGAGAUGCAGCCUUAUAUUCCUAUGGUGUUGCACCAGCUUGUAGAAAUCAUUAACAGACCCAACACACCAAAGACGUUGUUAGAGAACACAGCAAUAACAAUUGGUCGUCUUGGUUACGUUUGUCCUCAAGAGGUGGCCCCCAUGCUACAGCAGUUUAUAAGACCCUGGUGUACCUCUCUGCGGAACAUAAGGGACAAUGAGGAAAAGGAUUCUGCUUUCCGUGGGAUUUGUACCAUGAUCACAGUCAAUCCUAGUGGAGUAGUCCAAGACUUUAUAUUUUUUUGUGAUGCUGUUGCAUCGUGGAUUAGCCCAAAAGAUGAUCUCCGAGACAUGUUCUGUAAGGUCCUUCAGUCUAGGAGACUAUGAGGGAGCCUCUGCACCCAGGGAAAAUGUUACCCUUUACUGGGGGGAAGGGUAAACCAGUAGGGAAUACAGUACAAUCCCAAGCCUACUGGGAGGGGCGGGAGGGAGGUGUUGCCGUCACUGUAUUAAGUCGAUGUUGGGAAACGUUUUAACAUCUGGAGCCUUUGUGGGUGAAAAUCUGUCUCCUAUUACAACUCUGCACUGGAUGUGAAGAAGCAAAAAAGAGAAUCUAUUCACAAAACAGCACAUUCUGCAAUAUUAUGGGGAAUUGUACCAAAACAAGAACCAUAUAAUUGAACCAUAGGGAUACGUAAAAAGGAAAACUAUUUCGCGCACAAUAAAGGAAACCUAAGAAUGGGGGUGGGGGUUUACAAAAAUCCUUUGACUGUUUAAGUAAGGGUUUUCUCAUUAUUUCAUCCUGCUUGAUGGGAUUCCUAGGUAUUUGCAUGUUAAUGAAGAACUACACAAAUGAAGUUAGUACAGUUAAAAUGCAGCUUGCUACCUGUAUUAGGAACUGGCACCUGCAGUGUACAAUAUAGAAACCCCAUAAUAAAGUAAUAAAGGUUAACUUUAACAAAAUGAAGCAACUUGCAAGAUGCCAAAUGAGUCACUCCUUUCAUUUUUUUGGGUGGGGGGAGGGGCAUUUCAAAGGAAAGAUUGACAUCUUAAUUUUAUAUUAAAAACUUUAGUGGAUAUGAUUUGAUGGUUGUACUUCAUUAGAUUUAAUUUCUAGAGUAAGGCAUUAUUCUUAACAUGCAGUUUAAGGUUCAGGCAUGCAUUCUGACUCAUAGUGAUCAGAAGUAAUUUAAAUUAGUGGGAAAGUAGCAUGCUUGCAUCCCAUAGAGUGAGAUUGGUAUACUUUUACUUAUGUUGCGCCAGUUUUGUGUUGCAGUUUACCAAUUUAAUAUAGCCCUGCAUUUAAAAAUCCUUUUUUAAAGAUUCUGUGGAUUUUAUUUUUAUUAAGAAUAUAGAUAUAAAGUACUGUAGUUUACAAUUAGGCCUUGGAAUAUCUUUUUAGGAUCUGUUAAGAAUAAGAUUGAUAUUGUAUUGUGUGUAACCGGCACAAUGUGGAAAGCUGAUAUAGCUGUGCAAAAUAUUUGCCUCUGUGCUGUCAGUGUGAUGUGCUUUCUGCAUGGUUAUAUACUACUAGUGAUUUUAUCAGAACUUCUAAAAAUGAGUUACAUGGUAAGACCUGUUAAAGGCUGCAUAAAUGUUAGUUGGCACGUAAAGACAAUUGUAGAAGUUGAUGACAUGACUGCUAUAUUUCAUUGUUUAUUCCCACUCAACAUAUUACCUUCUAUGCUUUCUUUUUUGUUCAAAGCAUGAUCUUUAAGAGAUGUUUAAGUUAAUGGAUGUAAUGCAGGGUAUCUACACUGUAUCGGCGCAUGAUGGUGGCCCUUUGUGUCGUAGUUAAGUGCACAAGGGUGCAAGUUUAAAAGCUACAGAGUGAAAGUUGGUUUGGAUCCUCUUCAUUUCAUUUGUUUGGCUUUUCUGUUGUUUUUCUCUACUUACGUGUAUUCCUGUGAAUAAAUCCUUGUUAAGUUAACCCUUUACUUUUCCUUCCAUGUGUAUUUUCUUAUGUACUGUGAAUGUGAAAACCUAACUGGUACACUUGAUCUUGUGUCCAUCUGAAAGUGCAAGUCUUUAUUAAUUUAGAUUGCCUAAAGAGUAUCCCAUGAUGAUAAAGGAAAAUGGAGAGAUUUUAACUCUGCUGGUCAGAGGUGAAGCCACACCUUUCCAUUUUUCAAGUGCUGCGUAAUUAAUCUAUAAAACAAAAUUAAGCCAUAGCAGCCUUUUUAUAGUUUUAGUUUCUUACCGUUGCAUUGCAGAAUGAAUACUGGAUAACAGUUUUUGUAAGAACUUAAUCUUCUUUGCAUGGUUCUAUUCUUUAAGAAUGUUUGAAUAAUUUAGCCAUUGCACUGAAGUUUGAGAUGUGUGAUAAAUGCUGUUUAAAGAGGUUUUUUUAAUGCAUGGUAGCAUGCACAAGUUUUACACAUUCCUUUUUUUGGCUUUUCAAAAUUAUAGAUUAUCUUGUUUGAAGAUAGUUUUGACAUAUACUGACUAAAUUCAGUAAUGCUAGUACAUGAUACUUACUCAUUUUGUUUAAUCAGAACUGCAUGUGAUGAUUUGCUUUCAAAUUCAAUUGCUUUGUUAGAAACUACAAAUCUUCCUUCUUGGCUAAUAAUUCUAAAGUGAGUGGGUAAUAGGUUUCUUUGACUAAAAAUAUGUCCGACACAUUACUAUUAAAAUGUAGUGAGGUAGGAUCUUGUCUUAGACUCAAAUAUAUUUUAAUUUCUUGUAUAGGUUAAACAUUUGGCAACAGUUUCAGGAAAAAAACUAUAUAGCUUUUCCAGAUUAAAAUUUUGUAUACAAUAUAAAACGUACUUUAUAGUGCAGUGUUGUUUGGACUUUAUUUAAAUUUAGCUCUAACAAUUGCAGCAACCUCUAACUGGAGGAAAGAUCAGUCAGAUUAGCCCAUCAUAUCCACUUUUAUGUGUGUAUUUUAAAUCUGUAUCUAUAAACGUGUGACUGUUUACAGAUGUGAACUGAUCUGGUAUAGCAGUAAGGAAUAUAAUCAAAACAAUGCAAAAUUAAACAAUACUGCCAUAAUCAUAGUACUUUAAUAGGUCCACUGGUAUAUUUUAAAGCAAAUUAAACCAUAUUCCUAAUGCAUAAUAGUACAGGGAUUUGCAGAAGACAUUUAGGUUAUAACUUGAGGUAAGAAAAGUUCUGAUUCAGCAUUAACCAUUGUAAUUCAAAUUGUUGCAUCAUGGGAUAUAUAUAAAGCAUCUUAAUUCUUGUGGUGUAGUUUUGCCAGUUUUUGAAUGUUGACUGAAUGUUUAUACCAGUAGAAUUGUGCGUUUGUCUUUGUUACAUUCCAGUGUUUCUGCCUCUUGGCAUGCUAAAAGCACGGCUUACUUCAUCUGCUCCUUACACACUGAAUAAAGUGCUGUUAGUGUGCUAAACUACAGAAAUAGCCGCUGCUAAGUGAUAAUGUAGAUUUUCUACUUGAAUAUUUUGUUGUAGGAACCUCAGGAGGUCAGUGUUUACUGUUUUUAUAUGCCUUGUUUUUCCUGUUUGAGUUUCCCUUUUUGAAGGAUUCUAACAGUGAACAAAAGCUGCUGAUCAACCUAAGUUGGUAACAGAAAGUGUAUUUAAAUUUUUAAAUGCACCUUUUUGGCAGUUCUAAAUAGCAGUUAUAUUAGUCUUAAAGUUCAGUACCACAGUUUUUCAUUUAUACAUUCAGAAAACAAGUCUUUUUUCAUUUAAAAAAAAAAAAAAAAAUUGUAGACUACUUCAUGACUUCAGGCAAUGUAAGCAAAAUGAUCAAUUUUGUAAAUUUUUUUGAAGCUUGAUUAUUUUCUAAAUCAGUUUGUACAUAAUUAAAAUUGUAAUAAGCUAAUUCUUAUGUUUCAGUUUAUUGCUACUUAUUAGAGGUUGUACCCAAGAGAUCACUUUUAAAAGAACGGGUUUAAAAUUUAUAGCCAUUAUGAUUUUUAAAAUUUAAGUAGCAUAAAUUUUGUACUAAACAAUCUUGACAUGCACUGUGAUUUUUUUGUUAAGACUUCCUUUAGCAUUGAUCUGAAUUACUUAGGCUGCAUAUAUGUAUAAUAUAAUCAAAUAUAUAUUCUAAAUUUUUAAGUGGCUUUCCUCAACUGAAACUCAUUGCUACUCCGACAUGAAAUAUUCAGAUACUAGUUUUAUCUCAGGUGAAUACUCUUGUACCCUUUUGUUCACAACAUAUGUAUAAAACAGUCUCAAUUAUAUCAGUUUAUGUAUUUCAUAUAUGUAUUUUCAUAUAUGUCUUAAACGCUUACAAUCUAAAUUAACCUGCUAUGGGACAAAAAUGAUUUUUGCUUCACAUCAGUCACCUAUUUUAUUCAUAUUGAAUGUAUUAACAGAUAAAGGUGCAAAACAAUCUUCCUUGGAGAAGACUGCAUCCAUGCAUAACAGCAACUAAAAUACUUCAUAAAUAGUGCUUUAAAUAAAGCAUUGCAUAGGAAGUUUUUUUUGUUUCAAAUAUUAUUAAAGUUAUAACUUGGCAUUAACUGCUUCUCAAUAUUUUUUUCACGUAAGGUGAUGGACCUUUAAAAUACUGUAUAGGGUCUACAGACUAUUUUACUUUUUUUUUACUGUAGCUUUAGGUAAAGAUUCAGAUCUAUAAUGAAACUGCUGCUGUAAACCACUUAACAACAUGCAGUAAUGUAAGUUAGACACUGAUGUAGUUUGCAUACAGCAGUUUGCUUACAUAUUCAUUACAUGUUAUUGGCAAUACCUAAUCUUGGGUACAAGUUUGAUACACUAGUUGUAGGUUUCAUAUGUAUAUUCUUUAAUAUGACUUACAUGUGUCAGGUUACUAGACAUCCUCCUCCAGUACAAAAACGCUGUCUAUAGAUGGUUCUUGCUUUUUGCACUUAUUGUUGGAGCUAAAUCAGUUUUAGGUUAUUCUAAAUGAAAACUGUAAUAAGAUAAGUACAUUUUGACUUGCCUUUCCAGUGUGUAUUGUGCUAAAAUAAUAAAGAUACUUAUAAAUCUGAAUGUAUUCAUGCGAGGGGAAGUUAAAAUGGAUGUAUAAUAAGGUUAAGUCCCAUGCUUUGUUGGACAGUGUACUUUUAAACAAAUCUACUUUCCAAGCAAGUUCAAGGCUUACAGUGUAGCAUCCCUUUUCUGUAAGUUGAUGCUUUGAGGUACUUUAUCCUUAAAUAUCUUUCUAUGGGUGAGCAACAAACCUGAGAAAGCCUGGGUGACUUUCCUGGGGGCAAUGAUUGGACACAACACUGUGUAAUCAGGUUUAUUUGGUUGUAGAAAUUUUCUGUUAAUAGUACCUUAUCUCACAAGGAAAAAGAGGUGAAUAUGUUGUAAAUGACUUAAUACCUAAACAGUUAUAAAACUGUUAAGAUUGGAUGCAAUGAACAAAAUAAUUUAGAAUUAGCAAAAUGACUGGAUCUUUCUGCUGACAACUUAGGUUGUAUGAGUUUUGCUUGAAAGCUUUAAAUCUGAUGUUUCCUGUACCUGCCAUGUUAGAAUGUUUCCUUCAAACAUAUCCUCCUGCAACUUCUCAAGCUGUACUAAAUUGAGUGAUAUUUCUUGAAGUCUGCCUCUGUGCUAAUAGAACUUCAUUUUAAAUAGAAUAUGGUUUUAAUUUUUGAUAAGCUGCUGAAUUUUAAAGAGUUUUUGGGGCCACCAAAUAUUUUGGAUCAUGCAGAGAAUAUAUAUUGUACUGUAGUAAUUUUGUAUUUACAUUUGUAUGAUGUGACAUAAUAGAUGUGAAUGUUAAUCACUGCUUGACUAUGUUAAUAAAGUUGUUUAAAUAUA